UGAAUAAGCAACUUUACAUGUAUGUAAAGUUCAGAAUUCUAGAAUUCUUAAUUCUACAGAUAAUAGCAAUGUAUGAACUUUACAUUUUGUAAUUGUAAUCGCGCAGCCCUCCUGUAAUCAUAUGCUCAAAACCUAAACACUAUUGCAACAAAUAGGAGAAAAAGCCGAACGAAAACAACUUUUCAGAACUUAGACAUAAAACGCGGCCGGUAAGUGGAACGGCCCAGCUGCGAUGUUAUUCAUGAGAUGUCGAAGUGAAAGAAAGUGUAGGUUGGUUUUUCCUUCAUGCUUAAAAUGACAUCAUUGUGUGAUAAAUAGAAGAAACAACAAACCAUGUAUCGUCAAUAGUAACAGAUAAAGUGGUGUGUUAACACAAAAGAAACAAGGUAGAAAACGAACAGCAAGCAACAUGACGACUACAUGUAAAUCGUUCUCAUUCGACCGUAUUCGAUGCUACUAUGACGAAGACCUUGUUUUAUGUUCGAUUUGUCAUAACAUUCUCUGGCAUCCUGUUGCAUGUAAAACGUGUGAAAAUUCAUUCUGUUACGAAUGUAUACAACGAUGGAUGAAACAAAAGGCAGACAAUAAAUGUCCGUUUACUUGCAAAUAUGAAGAACGAAAGUGUACAGCGGCUAUUAUGAAAACAUUAUCGAAGUUACAAGUCAAAUGUUAGCAUGAAGAAAAUGGUUGUUCAUCUGUUCUACCAUAUGAAGCUCUUGAAAAACAUGAACUCGAAUGCGGCUAUCAAUCGAAAUAUUGUCAAGGAUGCCAAGGACAUGUAUUAGAAAAAGACUACGCACAACAUCAGGAUAAAUGUGCAGAAAUAUCCUUAAAAUGCUCGAAAUGUGAUACAACAUACAAACGAAAACAUCUAAAACAACAUACUAAAGUUCAAUGUUUACAACAACAAUUAGAACAACAAAGAUGUCAACAUGAACAAGAAAUAAAACAAUUGAGAUGUGAGCUGUAG